AUGAAUAACGAAACAGCUGAAGCAGUGCAGGCUGCUCUUGCUGAACAAGCGAAUCCAAAAGAUAUUUCUACUUUUCAACGUUUUUUCAAGAUGGGCAAAGGUGAAUACGCUGAAGGUGAUAUAUUUAUUGGUGUUCGUGUACCUGCUAAUCGGAUUGUAGCUAAACGAUUUUCUGCUCUUCCACUUCUCGAAAUCGAUCGUCUAUUGAACAGUUCCAUCCAUGAACAUCGCCAAGCUGCCCUAUUUAUUCUAGUCUAUCGUUUCCUGGCUGCCAGUAAAAUAUCGUCUCGUGACGAUAAUCUUCGAACUGAACUCUCGACCUUCUAUAUCAAUGCACUUAAACGUGGUCGAGUGAACAAUUGGGAUUUGGUCGAUUUAUCAGCUGAACAUUUACUAGGUACCUAUCUUGAAGAUCGACCACGCCAGUUGCUUUUCGAUUUAGCUUCAAGUACUCAAUUAUGGGAAAGACGAGCCGCUAUCGUGGCUACAUUUGCUUUUAUAAAACGAAAAGAUGGAUCAACGACAUUUGAACUCGCAAAGAAACUUUUGGAUGAUCCAGAACCUCUAAUACAUAAAGCCACUGGAUGGAUGCUACGUGAAACAGGCAAAAAAAUCAGUCAAAAAGUACUCACUUCUUUUCUAGACCAAUAUGCUGCUCAAAUGCCACGCAUUAUGCUUAGCUAUGCAGUUGAACAUCUAUCAGUGAAACAACGAACACAUUAUCGUAGUCUUAGAUAA